AUGCGGCUAUGUAUCUUGCUUCUGGCCUUCCUGGGGUCUCUAUGUGAUGCUGCGUCCUCUGGACCCACAGGCUGGCGUUUGCCAGGGAGGAGCCCUCGUUUUGACCGCCUUGGGGAUGUGGAGGUGGCAGGGAGCUUCAGCAUCUUUCAUUUCUAUGAUGUUACCUCAUUGGAUUUCACGCCUCCGCCAGCCGGGCGGCCCUACUCAAGCGUUUCCAAUUGGGGCUACCGGGUGGCCCAAAGUUUUGUCUUUGCCAUUGAGGAAAUCAACAGGAGUGUCCACCUAUUGCCCAAUCUGACCUUGGGCUUCUCCAUCCGCAACUCUGGGGACUCAGUACACGGAGCUCUCCAUGAGACCAUGGGCUUCCUCACAGGGCAGGAGGAGCCGGUCCCCAACUACUUCUGUGGGUCUGGCCCCCCCAAAGUUGCCGUGGUGGGGGACACAAGGUCAGCCCUGUCUGUGUCCAUGGCCAGGCUUCUCGGGCUGUACAAGUUUCCCCAGAGAGCUGGUCUCAGCACUGUCAUUUACAGAUGUGGGGUCUCUGUGUCUCCGACCGACAUGAAGAGAUGUCUCAUGUGCCCUGAGGAUCAGUACUCAAGCCCUAUGCGAGACAGCUGCCUACCCAAGACUGAGACCUUCAUGGCCUUUGAUGAGCUGGGGUUCAGUCUGGCUGCGGUGUCACUCAUGCUGGCUGACCUGGCUGUCCUUGUUCUGGGGAUAUUCUGGAAGCACCAGGACAGCCCUGUGGUCAAGGCCAACAACCGGCCUCUCAGCUACUUGAUCCUGGUCUCCCUGAGCCUGUGUGCCCUGUGUGCCUUGCUGUUCCUGAGACAACCCAUGGCUGCCACCUGCCUCCUGCGCCAGACCACCUUUCCUGUGGUGUUCACUGUGGCAGUGUCCUCCAUCCUGGCAAAGACCCUCACGGUGGUGCUGGCUUUCAGAGUUACCAGGCCAAGGGGCAGGUCUCAGGUGUGCAUUGGCCCCUGCGCCUCACCAUGUGUUGUCCUGAUGUCUUCCUUGGUCCAGGUGAUUCUCUGUGCAGUCUGGCUGGGCACGUCCCCACCAUUCCCAGGCAGGGACAUGGCCUCUGAGCCCAGGCACAUUGUCAUCCAGUGCCAGGAGGGCUCUGGAGUGGCCUUCUACUGCGUGCUGGGUUACCUGGGCUUCCUGGCCAUGGGGACCUUCUGUGUGGCCUUCCUGGCCCGGGGCCUGCCAGAUGCCUUCAGUGAGACCAAGUUCAUCACCUUCAGCAUGCUGCUGUUCUGCAGUGUCUUGACAGCCUUCCUGCCCCUGUACCACAGUGCUCGGGGCAAGUCCAUGGUGGCCGUGGAGAUCUUCUCCAUCCUGUCCUCCACUGAGGGGCUGCUGGGUGGCAUCUUCCUCCCCAAGUGCUACAUCAUCUUGCUUCAGACUGAGCGCAACACCCUGACCUGGUUAAGGCAAGGACACUGA